GGAGAAGUGGGUGAGUGACAUGAUGUGUUCUCUUGAGUCUGUGAAUGUGCACGGAGGCUUUGCUGAAAUUGCUACGGUGUCAGCGGCGAUGCGCCGUGCAGCCCUCGUGCGCGGUGACAUUCGAACGGAGCGUACAGCUCCAUUUAGGAACCAUGGCCAGUAAAUUAGAUAUUCCUCUCCAUGGGGCUUCAGUUAACAUCGUGAGGCAGUGUGGAUCCGCUCUGAGCGACGUCCUUCAAAGCAAAUUCGGAUGCGUGGCCAUCAUCGAGGGUGUGGACCUUGCAAGGGAUCCGACCACUGCGCAGCAGAAGAAGCCAACCGUAACGCAAGAGAAGAGGUUCACUGCCGCGCUGCCUUCGGGUGUUAAGGUGACCGUGUGGAAGGACGACCUCACCAAUGUUCGGGCGGAUGCCGUCGUGAACGCUGCUAACUUCAAGCUUCAGCAUUGGGGCGGCCUUGCAUUAGCUCUGAGCCAAGCUGGCGGUCCACAGAUCCAAAAGGAGUGUGAUGAUCUCAUCACAUUAAAUGGAGACUUGAGAACAGGAGACGCAGUUGUCAGUGCUGCUGGUUUCCUACCAUGCAAGAUGAUAAUCCAUGCUGUGGGUCCUCACCUAUCAAAGUUUGCUCUCAAGUCUGACGUUUCACAGGCCGAACCGCUGCUGCAGAAGGCCAUCGUGAGCAUUCUGGACAGAGUGAAGGAAAAGCGCCUGAAGACGGUUGCCAUUCCUGCUAUAAGCUCGGGGCUGUUCAACUUCCCCCUGCCACUCUGUGCAGAUACCAUAGUGUCAACUGUGAAACAUUACUACGAAAACUCCUCUCAAGGACAUCUUCCGGAGGAGAUCCUCCUCGUGAACAAUGACGAGCCUUCCGUAAGGGAAAUGGAGAGGGCCUGUCGUAGCAUUUUAACCUCCCAGCCCCCUACCAAGACAUACAGCAUGGCAGCAGCCGCUGCCAAAAACCCCGCCACCACUGUCCAGAUUGGAAAUGUCCUUCUGACACUGAAGUCGGGUAAAAUUGAGGAACAGCAGACCGAUGUCAUCGUGAACACUGCAUCACCAGACCGAGACUUGAGCAUCGGUCUGAUUUCGAAAGCUUUACUGAAGAAAGCAGGUGUUGGAUUGCAAAAUGAGCUUAACAUUGCCCUUCAUCAAAAAUAUGUGACCAUCACAAAAGGCUACUCCCUGCAGUGUAAAGAGGUGUAUCACACUUUUUGCACUGAGGCACGAGAGAACCUCUUCCAUUCAGUAUUGGAAUGCUUAUGGCUCGUAGGUUCAAGUCAUCACACGUCCAUUGCCUUUCCCGCCAUCGGCACUGGAGGCCUCAGGUUCAGUAAGAAAGAGGUUGCCCAAAUCAUGUCAGAUGCAGUGGCUGACUUUGCCAUGAAGUUCCCAAAAAUGUUGGAUAUUCACUUUGUCAUAUUUCCAUCUGACAAAGACACAUUCAAGGCUUUUGAGGAAGCAAUAAGAUCUCUCCAGCAAAAAGCAUCUCAUCUCAGCUUCACUCAGGCAGCAUUUGAGCACAGAGAUUACUUCCGUGACAGCAAACCUCCCGCUCCUCAGAUCAGCCUGAGCGGCUGCUCUGAGGAGUCGACGCGCGAGGCAGAGCGAUGGCUCUGUGGCAUCCUCCAAUCCUCUGGCAGCAUCACCGUCCGUAACAACUUCAUCCAGCACUUUGGCGAGCAGGAAUUGCGGCAGCUGUCCCGUCUGACCAAAAAGGGUGUUUUGGUUGAGGAGUGCUUCGAGAAAGGUCAUGCGGACAUAACGGUGAGAGGGGGUUCCUUUGAGGACGUCGCAGUCGCUGGGCUGCAGGUGGAGGCCAUGCUCUGCAACAUCCAAAGGGAAUUUGUCGGAGAAGAAGAGCGCGCCAUGCUGCCACCGUCAACCCAGAACGUGACCUUCGUAAGAAAGUCAGUUGAUGUUUCCAGCGACAUAUUCUCAGACAGAUCAUCUGUUUUCAGAAAGGAGAUGCUGCACAUUUUGAAGUUGGAAAAGGUGGAGAACCGUACACUGAGGCUGAUGUUUGAGGAAAAGAAAAAACAGCUACAAUGCUGCACUCAAAAAAAGAUGUUUCAGCGCAUACCCGCGCAGUUCUGUGAAAUGGUCAGCCAUAUUGGAUUCCAUACAGAGUAUGCCCCACCUGCAGACCCAGCUUACGGAGAGGGUAUCUACUUUGCUGGCACAGUGAGGAAGGCCAUGGAAGUGUGGAAGGAGAAGAGUGAGGAGUAUCUGUACUUCGUGGAGGCUCAGGUGCUGACGGGAAACUCCACCCUCGGCAUACCAGGUCUGAUUCUGCCGCCUGCCUUGGAGACAAACCCCCAAAUGAUGUAUGACAGUGUGAGCGGAGGACCUGACAUCUCUGUCAUAUUUAGUGGUUAUCAAGCUCUGCCCAUGUAUAUCAUUACCUGUAGGUUGGUCUGAAGAGGACAGACUUCUCCACUGUCCUCUUGGCUUACUGUUUUCUGUGAUAUUCUAUUCCAAAUGUAAGAAUCAUUGCAGUGGUGUUAAGAGAAAACUGCAGAGUUAAGAUUGUUCUAAUGUCAUCUGAGAAAGUAAUGAAUUUGGUUUGCAUUUCACAAUGAAACUAUAUACAGUACAUGAGACCAGUACCACAAUAUCACAAAGACUGGGUUUGUUUUUCUUGAAGCUGACCAAUGCAUAACUGCAGACUUUACCCCCCCCCCCCCCUCACUGUAAGUUGUUUCAUUUUGGCUGAUUACAUUAAUUCUUAGCAUUUUUUGCAUUACUAGGAAAAUCACAAUCAUUUAUAUAUCACUGUAAAAAAUAAAAAUCCUUUGUUUAGUGGAACCACAUUAUACCAUAUAUGCAAUAAUCAUUAGAACAUCUUAAUUUUACUUUCUUUUAUUAUACUUAACAUUUUUUUUGUUUUGCUUAAUUUUACUUUGCUUAAGACUUAUUUCAAGUAGUUUAUAGAAAGAGUAUUAUAUAAUCAAUCAUAUGACAGGUGAGAAGCUGUGGUUGGUGGUAAGGGAUGUACUUGAACUAUCGUGAUGAAAAGGACACAGAUAAUAUUGGGAUGGAGCACCGAGGGCCUGUGCCUGAGAGUUAUGUCAAAAUUAAACCAAGUGAAUAAAAAAUGAUUUGAAGUCGUCUUUGUUUGCAAAGACUCUAGAUGGUUUGUUUUGACAACUCAUUUAGAGAAGUGGGGAAUAAGUUGCUUGUCUAAACACAAAUCAUGACAGUUUUUUCUUACUAAUAAUUUAUAUUUUUAUUCAAGGAUCGUUUCAUCGAGGUCAACAAAAAACCUGAUCGGCUCUACAGUACGGCUUUGAUGAAAUUUAAGUACAAUUUACUGCUCACAAACAUGUACUGUGACAGUAAACAAAACCGAUUACACAUUAACAUUAGGCCUUUCAUACAGGACAUAUACAAUAACACUUGAAAUGAAGUCUCACAUUCUUAAUGGUACAGUGACAGCUGUUAGAAAUCAGCGAUGGGCAUGAAAUAAAAACCCUAACCCUAAAAAAA